AUGGAGACCAAAGCAAUAAUGCUAUUAGUGGUGUCGGCCAUCGGUGUCGUGAUGCUCACGUGGUUGUUUGUGAGCAUUUGCACCCGUAAGUCUAAAGACGAUGAUAUGCACAACGAACCAUUGUUGUCAAAGCAUGCAAACUCAAAGCUUAUGGAAGUGGAUGGAAGGGUCUUGGUCCUUUAUGGCUCACAAACUGGCACUGCUGAAAUGUUUGCGAGGAACCUUACACGAGAAGGUUCACGACGUGGCUUUCCCUUGAAAGUACUUGAUAUUGAGAAGUAUCAGGCUUCCAAUCUUGUCAAGGAGAAGCGUGUAAUUAUCGUAUGUGCCACCUAUGGUGAUGGUGAGCCCACAGACCCUAUGGUUGAGUUCCACGAUUGGUUAAUGAGUGAUUCUCGCGUGAUGGGAGAGGAAUUGAGUGGGGUGAGGUACACGGUGUUCGGCCUUGGCGACAGGCAAUACGUCAAUUUCUGCCGUGAAGGCAUCACAGUGGACCGCCGCAUGUCUGAGUUAGGCGCUCAGCGUUUCUAUCCCCUUGGUCGCGGCGAUUACAGUGAUGACAUUGAAGAAGAUUUCGACAAAUGGCGUUCCGGACUUUGGCCAGCACUGAGCACUGAGCUUGCACUUGAUGUAAAAUCGGGCGAAGAGGGGCCGGUAGCUCCGGAAUGCUGCAUGAAAGCAUUGGAAUCUUCGGAUGAAGCCCCGUUGCCGUUUCCGAAAGCGGACCCGGGACUGGAACCAACACAACGAUUGCCUUCUUGGGCACCAGUGAAGGUGAACAAGGAGCUGCUGAGCAAUGCUACCGGAAGAAGUACAAGGUUGAUUGAGUUUGAUACAUCAGAAACUGUUAUCUCCUACCAGGCUGGUGACCACCUCGGUGUUCUUCCUAGUAACCCCAGCGAAAUGGUGAACACUUAUCUGCGGGUGUUGGGCGUGAGCGAGCAAGAAUCAAGUCAGGUCAUCUCGUUAGAAAAUAAAAAUACUGGCGAGUGUGUUUUUCCUUGUCGCGCGUCGAUUCGCACCGCACUCACGUGGUACAUCGAUCUUGCCGGGCCCCCCAAGAAGUCUACUUUGCGUGCUUUCGCCCACUAUUGCACUGAUCCCGUUGAAAAGGACACCUUGUUAAAACUGCUGAGUACUGAACCCGAGUCGGUGGAGGCGUAUGGCAAGCUUGUUUUGGAGUUAAGGACUGUCCUUGGCUUUUUGCAGCGAUUCAAGUCGAUGUCUCCCCCGCUGAGUUUCUUCUUGGAGAUGAUGCCGCGGAUUGCCCCACGGUAUUUUUCCAUUUCGUCUGAUUCUCUGACCCACCCGACGAGUGUGGCCAUUACUGUUGCUGUGGUCGAGGGUGGCCUCUGCACAAAUUUGCUUCAGCAGGCAGCCGUGGGUCAAAACAUUCCCGUAUUUGUGCGAAAAUCGAACUUCCACCUUCCGCUUCAAGCCGAGGAUCGACCAAUCAUCAUGAUUGGCCCGGGCACGGGUGUAGCGCCUUUUAUUGGAUUUCUCCACCGCCGUAGCGCGUGGCUGGAAAAGGGUAACAAAGUUGGUGAUGCACUUUUGUUUUUUGGUUGCAGGAGGCGUGAGGAGGAUCAUAUAUAUGCCGACUUUAUGGAGAAGUGUCUAUCGAAUGGGGCACUCUCCGUGCGGGAUGUUGCUUACAGCAGAGAACAAGCGGAUAAAGUUUAUGUGCAGCACCGCUUAGCGGCACGCGGGAAGGAAGUAUGGGAAAUAAUCAGCAGAGGAGGAAAUGUUUACGUAUGCGGGGAUGCAAAGAAUAUGGCGAGGGAUGUCGAGAGGCAGCUACUGGACAUCGCGCAGAAAUAUGGUGCAAUGAAGGAGGAUGAGGCGACGGCAUUGCUUGAGAAACUCGCAACUGAUGAACGGUAUUUGAAGGAUGUCUGGACGGCGUGA